AUUUGUCUAUGUUGAGUGGAAAUUUUAAAUGUGUUUUGUUGUGUAAUGUAAAGUAUACACAUUACACAGUUUACUUCAUCACAAUACAGUCCACAAAUUAGAGUCCAUAUUUUGCAAGCAAUGUUUGUAAACAAAAAAGCAAGCAGUUUAAUUAAGAAAUCAUGACAAACUUGGAAAACAGUUUUUCGGAAGCAGAAGAUUGCAUUCCUAGCGCAGAGGAGCUGGAAAGCUAUUAUUUACUGCUUGAGAGCGGAAGUAUACCUGAAUUGCAAUGGAAGUCGCCUGGCCGACGACCACUUUCUCCCGAAAAUGUUAAAGAGGAACCAAGUCGAGUAACUACUGAAAUUGAAGUGCAAGAACCAGUGAAAAAUGAUUUUGACUUCAGCGAUGAUAUUUCCACACCACAAAUGCGGGUACGUAACCAAAAUUCAACGCCAAAAUCUGCGAAGAAGAAAACAGCGAAUUUUGCAGGUGUCAUGGAAGUUUUAAAGAAAAAGAAUGCUGAGGGCGGAAAUUAAUGUUUAUACAAGACGUUAUCAACAACAUUUAUAUGUGACGUGAAUAUUAGUACAUCUAUAGUGCAUGUACCAUAUGUUCAUGUGUUCAAAAAAAAAAAAUAAGUUACAUAUUUUUAUACAUACUUUUAUCUAUUUA